AUGGCUUGUAUCUAUCGCGGAAACCUUCUAUACUUUGAGAAAACGUCUUGGUCAAUUAAUAACGCCUCUAUUGAUUACCUACACAACGAAACUUACGUGACAUCUCACAAUCUUUCAUCCAGAAUGUUAAUUGAAUCACUCGACGAGAAUUGUCACAUUAAUUGUAGGAAGCCUCCUACAAGACGAUCUCUAACACAAACUUUACACGGUUUAACUGGAAUCAUGGGUUAUUCUCGUAAUAUUCGAGCGCAUGCCUUAUCCUCUGAAACCUUUGGCGCCUCAAAGCGUGUUGCCGCUUGGUUGACAUGUUAUUGUACUAUGAACGACAUUAACAACAUAACUGACACUUUUCCAAGUCGAGUCUGUGAACACUCAAGAAUUGAUAAUUCCGAACACUGA